UAGCGACUACAUAAUCAGUUUUGAAAUAUUUCUCAACAGAUGGCAGUAAAAAUUAAAUAAAUUCUAGUUUUUCCAACAAACGCUCAUUCACAAUACCGAGUUCUUUCUAUACGAAAAUAUUUACGUCACUAACGAAGUAUUUCUGAAAAACUUGUCGAUUUCGGUUGAUAGUAAUUUUGCCUGAGUUAAUUUUUGCAUUUAUUUUGUUGCAAAAUGUCUUUGACAUUCUCGGAUAUUUGCAACGAUCUCAAAACUUUCUUGGAAAGUAUUUGUCGAACUUGCAGCAGGAUUGAUAACGGCGAUGGGCAAUUACAAUUCAAGAGUAUAUUUGCAUCUGCAGACACUACCGAGUCUGUAUUUCUCGAUGAUGUUGGGGAACUUCGUGUAAAUAAUGAAAUAAAAGAUGUGUAUGAUGAGUUGUUGCUGUGGAAACUUAAUAUCAAGCCUAAUGAUGGAUUACCGCAGCAAAUUUGUCACGAUUGUUUGGAGCGUUUGAAUGGCGUCAAAAAUUUCCAUAACCUUUGCAUAGAUACACAAACACUUUUACAGUCAUAUAUUAAUCAUGUUGAUACUCUGCUGGAAUCUGGAAGUUUGGGGCGCUUAUCUCCUCGUAGCGAUUCCAUAAAGAGCGAACCGCGUAACUCUCCAGGGCCUGUUUUGUUUAAUCCUGAAGAUUUAGUUGAAGAAUCACCAGAAACACCGGAACGCUUUCCUUCAGCACAUAACUCACCACCUUUAAGUCCAAAAAGUCAGAACAGUCCGCGUUUUAGCAAAGAGGUGGUAUAUGCGGAAAGUUCGAUGGGCACGCCUCCACCAUUAUUUGACGAAAUGAAUACUGAACCAAUUGACAUGGAAACUUUGGAGUAUUUGAAAGCGGAAUCUGAUCCUGAUAUGAAAAUUAAUUCAGCUUUGCAGACUGCACAAAGUAAUGAUAUUUUGCAUCCAUUAAAUUUUAUCAGUAGCAGUGAAGACGAAGACUCUGACGAAGGUACACUCACCGAUGCUGAGACAGAUACCAUGUCCUACGAUACUAAUUAUGUACAGCGUGCAAAUUGGCAAUGCAAAAUUUGUCACGCCAUAUUCGCCAAACGUUCUCUACUAAAGGAGCAUCGCUUACGCAUGCAUCCACAAGAAAAGCCAUUUAUUUGCAAUAUUUGCUCCAAAGGCUUCAAAUCGAAAUUUACGCUAUCGCAGCACAAACAUAAACAUAGUCGGCUCGACUCCAUAAAGUGUGAAAAAUGUGGCAAGUAUUUUCGUAGUCAACUGCAUCUACAGCGACACAACAAGAACUUUCAUCUUACAUCCACUUACACCUGUCACAUUUGUAAUGCAAAGUUUGAAAAUUAUACGCAAAUGCGUUUCCAGUACCAUGUGCGACAGCAUGGCGAAAAACGUUUUCAAUGCCAAUUUUGUGAAAAGUCAUUCCAUCAGAAAAUUCAUCAACUCAACCAUGAGCGUACACACACCAAGGAGCAACCUUUCUGCUGUGAAAUCUGCGGCAAGAGUUAUCGGCAGCAGACAGCUUGUAGAGAACACAUGUUGACGCACCAGGAUCCGACACCUUUUAAGUGUUCCAUAUGUCAAAAAGGAUUUACUCAACGCUCUAGUUUACGUAUGCAUUUACGUGGUCACAGCGGUAAACAUAAUAAUCAAACGAUAUUCCAUUGCGAUUUGUGUGGUCAAAAUUUUACCAAGGAAACACACUUUGAGUGGCAUCAAUUGAAUCAUAAGCAAUAUUGUAAAGAAACUCCAAAGUCGUUUGCUUCGGAAAGCCAGGCUUCCCAAUUAAAUGCAAAUGGCUUAGUGUUUUACUGUAAAUUUUGUGAUGAAUCGUUUCAAAAACAACAACUUCUUUUGCUUCAUGAACGUCAGUAUCAUGGUAAAAUCGCUGAUGGGGAUGGGAUUUUAGAGAGCGGGCAUCCCUAUCAUUCUCAUUUUAAUCGUGCACUACCACAUCGGACCGAGGGCAACAUUGACAGAGAUAUACUAGCUCUAUUUACGACAUAAACGUAUUAAUAUCCAUUUCCAUUAUUUGUAUUGAUAUCUCUUAUAAAUAUAAUAAUAAAACUUAUUAUCGUACUCCUACAGUAA